AUGUCAUAUAUAACAUCAUCAAUAGUAAUAACAUCACUGUUAACAGUAGGUGGAUAUAUGUUAUUUACAGGAGCUGGUGAAUCAUUUAAUAUUGGAGAAUUUUUAGAAAGUACAUCACCUUAUAUGUGGGCAUCUUUAGGAAUUGCAUCAUGUAUUGGAUUUUCAGUAGUUGGAGCAGCAUGGGGGAUUUUCAUAACUGGUACUUCUAUAAUUGGAGCAGGUGUAAAAGCUCCAAGAAUCACUACAAAGAAUUUAAUUUCAAUUAUUUUUUGUGAAGUUGUUGCCAUUUAUGGAUUAAUUAUGGCAAUUGUAUUUAGUGCAAAAUUAACAAGUGUAAGUUCUGAAAUAUUAUAUACAAAGGAAAAUUUAUAUACUGGUUAUGCAUUAUUUUGGGCUGGAUUAACCGUUGGUAUAUCAAAUUUGAUUUGUGGUAUAGCAGUUGGUAUUACAGGUUCUACUGCUGCUGUUUCAGAUGCGGCUGAUAGUUCAUUAUUUGUUAAAAUAUUGGUGGUAGAGAUUUUUGGAUCUGUCUUGGGAUUAUUUGGAUUAAUUGUUGGUUUGUUAAUGACUGGUAAAGCACAAGAAUUUAGUUAA